GCUGCACUUCACCAACAAACGUCUCUUACGUUUCCGAUUUCCGAUCUGCCAAAUUUCGCCGGCAAAUUUUUCCGGCCAAAAGUCGCCGGACAAAGUCAAAGAAAGCUUCUCUUAGCCUUCCCCAAGGGGCCGGUCUCGGUCUGUCAAGAUGAGUCAGGUCUUCGAAGGUUACGAGCGCCAAUAUUGUGAACUCUCCGCGAAUGUUUCUCGUAAAUGCAACUCUUUCUCCGCCUCCGAUUCAGAGCAGAAACAGCAACGGGUUUCUGAAAUCAAAGCGAGUUUAGAUGAGGCUGAUGUUUUGAUUCGGAAAAUGGACCUUGAGGCCAGAAGUCUGCAGCCAAGUGUAAAGGCUAUGCUACUUGCUAAGCUACGGGAGUACAAAUCUGAUCUUGGCAAACUGAAAAAGGAAUUUAAGAGGUUGACAUCACCUAAUGCUGAUCAGGCUGCCCGUGAAGAGCUGUUGGAGUCUGGAAUGGCAGAUACUCAUUUGGCUUCAGCUGAUCAAAGAGAGAGGAUGACAAUGUCUAUAGAGAGAAUGAAUCAGUCAAGUGAAAGAAUUGCAGAGAGUAGAAGAACCAUGUUGGAGACCGAAGAUCUCGGUGUCUCGAUCCUUGAGGACUUGCAUCAACAGCGAGAAACUCUAUUACACUCCCAUAAGAGACUUCAUGGGGUAGAUGAUGCCAUUGAUAAGAGUAAAAGGGUUUUAAACUCAAUGUCUCGAAGAAUCAGUCGAAAUAAAUGGAUAGUCGGGUCGGUAAUUGGCGUUCUGGUACUCGUAAUUAUCCUUAUACUAUAUCUUAAGCUUUCACAUCACUGAACAAUGUUUCCUUGAUCACUAAAGGAGUUGUACUCUUAUCAUUUGAUUUUCCAAUCGUUCCGAUUGGUUGUCGAUCACAUGUUUGAUGUAUUUUGUUGCGGUAUUCAUGUCUGUAAUCGAAUCAAAUCUUGUGCUUGAUAGUGUUAUUGAUUAAUCAAUACCCAGAUAGUAGUAGGUAUUUCUGGAUUGUGUGAA